AUGUCGAGAGUACAACAAGACACCUUCAUCGACGACACCGAGGAGUUCUGUCCUCUUUGUGUCGAAGAGUUGGAUAUCCAAGACAAGAAUUUUAAACCUUGUCCUUGUGGCUACCAGAUAUGCCAGUUCUGUUUCAACAAUAUCAGGACGAACUUAAAUGGCCUGUGCCCUGCUUGUAGACGAGCGUACAACGAAAAGACUAUUGAAUAUAAACCCAUUCCCAGUGAACAAGUUAGGGCCGAGAAAGCAAAGAAGGAUCGUCAACAGUCGGAGAAACGUAAAUAUGAAGCUCAGAAACGUGAAGCCGAGGCUCUGAAUCGUGAACGUCUUCGAGGUCUCCGAGUUGUCCAGAAGAACCUCGUUUACGUUACAGGCCUAAAUCCACGUAUCCGUGAGGAGGACUUACUUCAAACGUUAAGAGGUGCACAAUAUUUUGGUCAAUAUGGCAAAAUAAUCAAGAUCGUUGUGAAUAAAAGGACGACGGCCCAGGAUGGACAAGGGGGGGGUAGCAACAGUCCUGGCCCACAAGGACCGCCGCAAGGACUCGGAGUUUAUGUCACAUUUUCUAGGAAAGAAGAUGCACAUACCUGUAUUGCGGCCGUAGAUGGAAGUCAAAACGGUGACAGAACCUUGAGAGCGACCUAUGGAACUACGAAAUACUGUUCUGCUUAUCUUCGCGGCGAAGCUUGUCCUAAUAAGAAUUGCAUGUUCUUACAUGAGCCGGGAGAAGAGGCUGAAUCUUUUGAUCGCCAAGGGCUAUCUGAAUACAACACCCGUAUGCAUACAGCAUCUACACGAGGACCAGCGCCACAGCAACAACCUCCAGUUGCAGCAGCGGCACCGCCCCACCCACCGCCUUUACACCAGCAUAGCGCCCAAAUGACCAGAAUAAGCUCACACCAAGGGCGCUCCGGCACCCCUGAUGGCGGAGAAUCGUCUGCUUUACCAUCAACAGCAAACUGGGCCAAGAAUCCACCGACACCUGCAGUAAGGUCCGCCGUUCCUGUACCUCAGCAGCAAGUUAUCUCUGCCACUGUAUCAAAGGUUUCAACACCUAGUCCAAAGACCGCACCCGCAGCUCCAAUGGUACAAAGUCGCAGCCAAGAGAGUGGGGAAAGUGCUACUAGCGGGGGUAAAGGUUCAACAUCAACGACAACUACAUCCAGUACUUCCAAUAACGGGAAAUCUCCCAAUGUAGCUACAGAUGUAGCUUCGGAAUCAAUUUCUUCACCUCCAAAGGCGCCUCCACCCCCUCCCGUAAAUAAAACUGCACCGCCACCCCCACCGUCUAAAUCAAUUGAACCAGAGCCAUCAGCAAUGGAUGAACAUUUCCAACGGUUCUUGAGAUGUCAAAAGGCCGCUGCUAAUCCCAAAUUCAAAUUUGUAUUCUCUACCAAAUUUCUUAGUCCUGACGAAUACCAAGAUAUCGAGAACAUCCCGCCAAUGUUUGAUCGUCAUGGUGGAAAGCGUAGGAGAGAAAUUGCAGAAAAGAUGAGAAGUCAGCAGGAUCAUGGCCACGAAGAGUCAGUGGAAGAGGUUUCACAACCCCAGCCACCUGUUGGUACCAUGUCAGGGGCGCCAGGGCUACCUCUGAAUGUAGCAGGGAGAGGAGCAACCCCACUACAAAGGGAUCCUCUUGCAUUGCUAAAGGAAACCGCAGCGAAUCAGCAACAACAAGGGCUUGGUGCGUUUCAACAACAAGAGAACAUCCAGCAGCAACUCCAACAGCAGCAGCAGCAACAGCAGCAGCAGCAACAAAAUUCAAUGAGGGUGCACACUCCAGGCGGUCUGCUUCAUCAGCAACAACAAGCGUUUAAUCCAUUCCAAGCUGGUGCUGCCUCUUUAGGUGGCCCAGGACAACAAUCACACUCUGGUUCUAUGCACGCGCGCCAAUCUUCGAGAUAUACAUUUGCCAAUGAGAAUCCGGCCUCAGCGGUAACCUCCGUCAACCCUCGUGGCAAUGCUGUCCAUAUGGCCGAACAAGUCCGUAUGAUGCCUCAACAGGCACAGCAACAACUACACAAUCAACAGCUUGCUGCACAGUUCUACGGAGCAACAGGGGGGGCUCCAGGUCUUGGUGGCGGAAUGUUGGGUGGAAACGUUCAACAACCGCCUCCAGGAUUGAAGAGUGCUCCCACUCCACCUGCACCGGGAAUGGGAAUACCUAUGGGGGCUUUACAUGGUCUUGGUGGACAAUUUAGCGGGUUGGGACUGGGCGGUCAUCAUGGAAAAAGCGAGAAUUCGGAGGUGUUAUUGAGGGAGUUUAUGAGGGGAAGCGGUGCCAGUGGACUUGCCAAUUCUGGAAGUGGGCUAGGAAGAUCCGGAGAUGGAAAACUCGAUCUUGUUGAUCCUAGUAUUCUCCAAGCUAGGGUCGCCCAACCCCAACAGCAACAACACCAGUUACACCAUCAAGGACUUCAAGCUGGAAACACCCAAGGGCAACAAGGUUUCGGUCUCAAUAUCAGUACGGGUUUCUUCUCCCAGAACCAGUCUCAAACACCAUCACGAAAUUUGACCCCUGGAAUCAUCGGCGAGGAAGAUUUCCCAGCCCUAGCACCCCCUAAAACAACGGCAAUAACGAAACCAACUGUACCUGUAGCCAUACCUGCCAUCUCCAUCCCAUCGAAAAAAGUAGCCACGAGUAAGCAGACAACAAGCGUUGUCUCAAAAAUUCCCACUUUGCCUUCUGCAUGGAAAACAAAAUCAGAUGAGGAGGCGUCGAUGUCGGGGUCCUCAGCAGCGUUACUGCCGGCUUCAUCUAGUAAAAAAAGACUAGAGUUACCCAAGGUUGAUACGUUUCCAACUAUCAUUGAUGUUGUGAAAGACGAGACAGCACCGGGCCUGCCUACAGCCCCUCGCAUGAUCAGAAUUCUCCCGACACAAGCUGGAUUUAAAAGUGCAAACUCGGAGAGCGCAGUAUCAGAAACAGCAUCAGUAUCUGGGAUGUCAAGUAGACCUGUUUCCCCUCCAUUACAACCCCAGCAACAACCCCAGAAGAAGAGCAAAAGCGCACUUAAAAGAGAACGCCGCAAGGAGGCCGAGGAGAAGGAACGUGAGCUGCAGCAAGAAAGAUUGAAAAAAAGUCCUCCAAGCCCUCAUGCGACGGAGAAGCUGGAUGUCCCCCAGAUGCCUAUGCCGGAGAAGCGUGAUACACCUACAAAUUCUGCAGUCGGCACGGCUACUGCAACACCAGCGCAGACAGAACCCGAACAGCCCCCCGCGUCAAAUAAGACUGUGGCUCAACUUCUUCAAGAGAUCAACGAUAUUCACUUCGCUACUCUCGAAAUGUUUAAACCAAUAGUAGGCAUCAGGUAUGAGCUCCACGUAACGGCGGACGAACUCGCUCAGAUCAAGACUCGCGAUGAUACCAGUUCCAAGUCCGAACCUCAGGGGCAACAGUUGAAGCAUUCUGGAAUAACGGGGAUAAAUCUCCGUGGAGGCGGUACAAUUACGAUGCACCAACUUGUUACCCCCGGUGGUAAUGUCCUUACUGGCCUCACACAACAGCAAGAAGAUCAUUUUUUGAAACUGGAAGAAAGUCGAAAGCGUGAAAAAGCAUGGGAGAGGUAUCCUACAACCAUGAAGGAGUGGAAAUGGAUGCCAAAAAAUACAUUACUGGCGGAGAUGAAGGGGGGAGGCGAGGGAAAGGUAACUUUGGAGGAAUUGAAGGAAAAGGUCAUAGCAGCAAGAAAAGAAACAGAGGCUUUCGAGAAGAAACUCGAGAAGUUAUUGAAAAGGAAUAAGAAGCUGGUUGGCUUGGCUUAA